AUGAAUUGGUUAAGAAUUAAGCAGAGAGCCCGGACCGAACUAUGGGGGGAAGCUGAGGUUGCCACCGGCGGAAGCGGCGGCGGCGGCGGCCCAGGAUCGGGAGCAGGCGGCAGCGGCAGCCCCGGUUCUGGCCCGGGCCCUGGCGGUAGCGGUGAGAAAGGCCCAGUGGAGUCGGUGCUGGGCCCGCCCGAGGAAGUAGUAGUGUGGAGCCCCGAGAUGGAAGUGUGCCUCUUCCAUGCCAUGCUGGGGCACAAGCCUGUCGGUGUGAAUCGUCACUUCCACAUGAUCUGCAUCAGGGACAAGUUCAGUCAGAACACAGGGAGGCAGAUCUCCUCCAAAGUCAUCGGGGACCAUUUAAGUACUAUGUACGAUAUGCAAGCAUUGCAUGAGUCUGAGAUUCUUCCAUUCCCUAAUUCAGAGAAGAACUUCAUCCUUCCUGAAGAAAUUAUUCAAGAGGUCAAAGAAGGAAAAGUGAUGAUUGAAGAUGAAGUGAAGGAAGAAAUAAAAGAAGAAAUAGAUUCACACACUGGUACUGAAGAUGUUUUUACAUCUUCAGGAAAUUUGGGUAAAGGAGCUGAAAA